GUUUUGUUUCUGUGAAUUCAUAAUACAGUUUAUUGAAGGCUUUACAGAUGUGGCACAAAGCAGCUUAGGGCCGAUGAAAGCCAAGUCUUUAGAAAACAGUCGAAUGUUACUUUCUACAUGUUGUCAGAAUCAAGUUUUAUGAAAAGAGGUGCGAAAUUUUACCAAUGUGCAUUAUGUGCAAAAACAGUGCGCUAAAUGCAAAUAUUCUACUGAAGACUCCACUUGUUUCUCAUACAUUAUUAAGGAUUAAGAACCCUUGAUGGGAAUGGAGUCAAGCUAUACAAAAAAAGACAACUACGUAGAGCACUAGUUUCUUGUUAGCAUUCUUACCCUACCGUGAAGUUUGGAGUUCUGUUGACUAACAGUCUUUUUUUAAUUAUUGCUUUUGUUUUACAGAGCAUAUCGGAAAUCUAGGCAUUUCACACAUGCCUAGUCUUAUGACUGCAAUAAUCGAUAAACUUGUGAAUAUUAAGUAUGACUAUUAACACAGUGAAAGCAACAUCAACUUUGUGUAUUUUAUGGAGUGCAUAUAUGCUAGCAAGAACACGCUUGUUCACUAAACGGGAUUCAGAUAUUGACAAUGGAAUUGAUCGUAAAAAGGCGAAGUAUGAACACAAUCCCGAAUCAGAAAUUGUUGGCAGCCAGAUAGAUAAUCACAGUCUAUCAUCACUAUCAUUUCUUAAAGACAGUAUUCUUAUCCGUAAUGGCGUGAACAUUUUUUAUGGAUUAGUCUAUGGUAAAAAGAAUAAUGAUACAAAUGCUAAUUAUGAUAGUUCAACAAAUCUGAAUAAAAUGAAUACAGAAUACAGUAAGAAUGGACUAACUACUGAAGAAUCGUGUUCAGAUGAAUUAGAUUUCUUCUAUCAAAUGGUGUGCAGUCUAUGUGUCAAGGCAGGGUUGGUUUCAGAUACCACUUGUUCUCCUGGUAAACGAAGAAGUCGGCUACUGUCUUUGAGUAAAUAUCCAAAAGUUACCACAGAUUACUUACUACAACUUUUAGUCUCCUACAGUAAGGAUUUAAAAUUUCUUGAUCUAUUCUAUGAAAAUGAACAUUUUGACAAGUUAAUUGAUUGGCUUACAGUAAUCAGUUUAACUGCUUUAACUAAAUCAUCAGAUGAUAGUUUAAUUGAAACACACAGUAAUCCACCGUCAGUUAAUCAACUUUUAUUCGAUGGAGGCCAAUUGACGGCAAAUCGUUCUUGUAAUCCUGAUAAUUUAAGACCUGAAUCAUCAGCUCCAGAAGUUGUCAAUGGUGGUGGUGGUGGUGUGCCUACAGCUCAUCCAGAGUAUCCAGUUCAUCUAUUAGUUGCUAAUUUUUUAGCAAAUAUAUCCCAGCAUCCUUUCAGUUAUAGGUUAAGAAAUCAUGAAAAUGUUAACAAACUACUCAGUCUUUGGGAGAUUUCUCCAAGUUUGCAUUUAAAUCUUCUCGGUGCAAAAAUUGAUCAUAAUAUAAAAGUUCAUUCUAAAUUGGCUGAUAUUUCGUGUUCAACAUCUCCAACACCAGCAGCAGCACCACCAUCAACGACGACAACAACAGCCGCAUCACAUUGUAAAUCAGGAGGGGAGUGUAGUCAAACUAAAGAUUAUGAUUCAUUGAAGUCAUUUCCUAUUUAUUGUCCAGAUAUUUAUAAAUUAAAUAUUUCAAAGGAUAUCAACGAAAAUUAUGACUUUGAUAUUGUCUUUGUAAAUGGAAUGCUUGGUAGUGUCUUUUAUACAUGGCGACAACAUGAUUCAAUGUUGACUACAGAUGCAACACAGUACACAAAAUGUUGGCCUAGAGAUUGGCUUUCUCGUCAAUUUCCUCGAGCUCGAAUAAUUGGUGUAGACACAUCACUGAAACCAUUCAUUUGGCAUUCGAUUUGUCCACUACAGAAGAUGAGGCGUACAUUGGAUAAACGAGCUGUUGAUAUAAUGGAACAAUUGAAAAAAGCUGAAGUUGGCUGUCGACCUAUUGUGUGGAUUACACAUUCAGCAGGAGGUAUUCUUGUGAAAGAAAUGCUUCGUCUAGCCAAAUCUGUAAAUACUACUGAUCCAUCUGAAGGAUAUGUGGACGAACAACCUCAUCUCAAUGCAUCAUCAACUGCUGAAAACUUCACACAUACUUCAAAAACUUACGGAGAUUUAUCACAAUUAGAUGAAAAAAAUCACCCCAUUCCAGUGCAAAGCAAUAAUCCUACAUCUCUACAUCCCAGUACUUCGCCUUCUUGUAAAUGGUAUUGUCAUGAAAAUGAAAUUAAUGAUGAAGUCGCUUCAAUGUCUAAACUGUACAACUCUGAUGACAUUUCAGCUGCUGAUGAGGAGAACAAAAUGCAUCAGAAUGUGUCACCGGAUCUGUCCACCGGAAAUCAAUUAUCUAUCUCUCCCAACUGUGAUCGUACAUUAUAUGAAGAUUAUAGUGAUACUAGUUUAAUGAAUUUAUCCGAUGAUUCACACUUAGCUCCUGCUGAAUAUCAAAAUUUAGCCAGCAGUACACAGGCAAUUGUAUUCAUGAGUACACCACACAGAGGUAAUCAAUCUUUGUUCACUUUAUAUCGUCGACCUUUCCGUUGGGCACUUACUCCUGAGGCUAUUCAACUUGAAAGAAACUCAAACUACAUGUUGGAUCUACAUGUAUGGUUUAAUAUGUGGGCGUAUCGUCAGUCCGUCCGAGUUUUAUCUAUGGCUGAAAGCCGUGUAACCCCAGUGAAUAGAUUUUGGUCAGUACUCUUGGUUCCAGAAGAUAUUAGAGAUCGUGAUAUGGGUGAAUUAGUACGCAUUGAUUCCGAUCAUUUAUAUAUAAGUAAACCAAUGUAUCCUAAUGAUUUAUCUUACACAUGUAUUGUUCGUUUUAUUGAGAAUUUACCAUUGUUAAAUCAUCAAUCAGCUAGCUAGCUAGCCAGCCAGUCAGUCAGUAAAUAGAGAAACUAAUGCUCAGAACUCACUGUAACUUGCCUAACAACACUAUCAUCGACCAACCCACCCAUUCACGCCACGCCACACCACCUCACUUUAACAAAUUGAGUGUAGAUUUCAUCAGUAUUUGCUAAUGUAUAUUUUUCUUCAUUUUCUUUACACCCUGCCCCGGGGGGGGGGGAAUACAUUUUUUAGUUUUUAUUGUUGAUUCACUCUGCCUUUCACAAAUCCCAAGCCUUAUGUCAAUCUUUUUAAUAACUUUUAUGUAUGUAUGUAUUCAUGUGCGCGUGUAUGCAUGUGUACAGAUCUUUAUUUAUAUAUAUAUGCAUUAAUUUCUUUUCAUUUUCUUUCAUUGAAAGCAUUAAUUUGAUACACAUUUAUGUUUUUUCUGGAAAUAUUUUGAUUUUAUUGAGAAGUGAGCUAUGAAUUAAAGCGAAAGAAAUCAUUUCUUUGUGUGAAAGUAUAAUAGUAGUUUUGUUAACCUUUGAUUAUAUUAGAUAGUUGGAGGCAAUCGGCCACAGGAAGCCUUCCAACUAGGUUUCGUGCUAGUUGGCA